AUGCGAAAUAGGUGCACAACGUAUCUAAAGAAGCCGAAAGUGCGGCAAUCAUGGAGCAAAUACAAUCUUUACAACCUUACGCGCAUCCAAGCCCCUUAUACCCAGAAUAAAACUUUCUUUCAGCAAAAAUGGGCGGCCAAAUCCCUCGCCCGAGGCUACCAUGGAGAACAGGUUCGUGAAGGCCAGUGGGAGCUCAUGUUCAAGCGUCGUUUGCGAUCCGUAGUCCCCAUGGAUGCGAGGUAUUUGGCAAGAAACGAUGGCACGGUCGAAUCUGCCGGUCGAGGUUCCGGACUGGAACGGUCUCAGGAUAGAGGUGGUGAAGAUGGAAAGGUGUUUCGAAGGUCUACGCCGCCCAUACCAUACAUGCAAAUGACCUUUGCGCCGCUGGAGCGACGAUUGGAUGUGGCUAUAUUCCGUGCUUUGUUCGCCAGCAGUACAAGACAAGCACGCCAAUUUGUUGUCCAUGGCUGGGUGACGGUUAACGGCAAGAAGAUGCAAUAUCCAGGGUAUCUACUCAACCCAGGCGACCUCUUCCAAGUUGAUCCAGAGCGUGUCAUGUACGCUACAGGUGCUCCAAAAGAUGCUCGUGAACGACGUGCAGGCCGUAUCCGACGACGUUUGCGAGGUACAGACGCCGAGAAGUCAAAGAAGAAGGAUGAGGCAAAGGAUGAAGCCAAGUCCGACGAAAAAGAAAGUGGCAAGCCCGAAGAGGAGGAUCCUCGCCAGACACUGAAACAGCUUCUAUCCAAGGCCAAGGGAAUCAUGUCAGCCAACAAACACACCAUCCCUGCCAAGCGUAGACAGGAUAUCAGAACCUUCCAGCUUGCAGUUCGAAGAGUUCUUUCGCGCUCGUCAGCCAGCACCAUUCUAACAGAGAACUUGGAAGCACAAUUCCUCGAACUCAAGGCUGUCCUCUCCAAGGACAUCGAAGCAGCGACCCCCAAAACACCCGAGACCUCCGAAACAUCCAAAGACUCCAAACCCCAGAACUCCCAACCAUCGAGAAAGGACUCCUCUUCAACCAACAAAAAACCCACCAAUUCCGCGCCCAUGGACAACCUCACCAAAGCUUUCCAAGAAGCAACCCUUAACCCCUCCCAGCCCCUUGAUCCAAACACAGUCUCAGCCCUCUCCGACUCCGAUUUGGAAGUCCUUAAACAAGCCCUUGUCCAACUCCACGACAAUCCCAUCGAUAGCACAAAGCCAUACGCCACCCCCUGGCGACCGCGUGACUACAUGAGCGCAUUCGCUUUUAUUCCACGAUACCUAGAAGUAAACCAGAAUAUCUGCGCUGCUGUCUACGUGAGGCAUCCUGUUGCAAGGCCAGGCUUGUCAGAGGUGCCGACGCCGUUCAACGAGACUAUUGGAGGGGCGGCGUUUGCUUGGUAUCUGCGGAGAAGAUAG